AAUCCCGUGCUGUUGUCGUCAGCCAAGAUUUCUUUCAUUACCUUGUUCUCAUUUCAGCUCAGAGAAAUAUCGGAUGAUCAUAUUCCGUCGGCUAACGAAGAACUUCACGCGCGGAUGGCUCGAACCCAGUCGUUGAGGGACAUCACUACGAAAUUUGAGAAACUCGCUGCUUCUCCCUUAAAAUCAGAUGUGACGGAUCGUCCUCAAAUACCAUCCAAUUCCGUUACGGAACGAUUGUCCUUGUUUGAGUCGAAAUUAAGUUCCUCGGCGGCUGUCCUAUCUGGAAACAGUGGCAACCCCGAUCAAAACGCUGCAACACAUGCCUCCAUAUGUGAGCAGCAAAACGUUAGUAAGGAAUCUCUGCUGGCGCUUUAUCGCAAUUUAGAAGACCACCUGCAGAAGCUGCGUAGUGAAAGAGCGGGCCGCAUAACAAAGACUUCUCGAACUAAUUCUCAGCAUGUGAAUCUGAUACAGCUCAGUGAUGCGAUGCAGCAGUUUCAUAAUAUCUGCGCUGUUUAUGCAGAACAAGUCACACCGCACAGCAAAUUCAGAUAUCGUGAGCUGCUGAAUCGCAUUGAACUGUUUAUGCGGCAGCUUAGAUCCUGUGCUACAAGUUCGGUUAAUCCUGAGCUUGCGGAAUCACAUAUACUUCCACAAUUUGAAGCUACUCUUCACCAAAUCCAUCAACUUAUCAAUCGCUAG